UCGGCACCGCGUCCUGCUCCUCCCGCUGCCGCUGCUGCCCUGAGUCACUGCCUGCGCAGCUCUGGCGGCCUGGCUCCCCGUACUAGCUGCCGAUAUUUGGAGUUCUUACAACAUGGCAGACAUUGACAACAAAGAACAGUCUGAACUUGAUCAAGAUUUGGAUGAUGUUGAAGAAGUAGAAGAAGAAACUGGUGAAGAAACAAAAAUCAAAGCAUGUCAGCUGACUGUUCAAAUGAUGCAAAAUCCUCGGAUUCUUGCAGCCCUUCAAGAAAGACUUGAUGGUCUGGUAGAAACACCAACAGGAUACAUUGAAAGCUUGCCUAGGGUAGUUAAAAGACGAGUGAAUGCCCUCAAAAACCUUCAAGUUAAAUGUGCACAGAUACAGGCCAAAUUCUAUGAGGAAGUUCAUGAUCUUGAAAGAAAGUAUGCUGUUCUCUAUCAGCCUCUAUUUGAUAAGCGAUUUGAGAUCAUCAGUGCAAUUUAUGAACCUACAGAAGAAGAAUGUGAAUGGAAACCAGAUGAGGAAGAUGAAAUUUCAGAGGAGCUGAAAGAAAAGGCCAAGAUUGAAGAAGAGAAAAAGGAUGAAGAAAAAGAAGACCCCAAAGGAAUUCCUGAAUUUUGGUUGACUGUUUUUAAGAAUGUUGACUUGCUGAGUGAUAUGGUUCAGGAACAUGAUGAACCUAUUCUGAAGCACUUGAAGGAUAUUAAAGUGAAGUUCUCAGACGCUGGUCAGCCUAUGAGUUUUGUCUUAGAAUUUCACUUUGAACCCAAUGAGUAUUUCACAAAUGAAGUGUUGACAAAGACAUAUAGGAUGAGGUCAGAACCAGAUGAUUCUGAUCCCUUUUCUUUUGAUGGACCAGAAAUUAUGGGUUGUAGGUGUCAGAUAGAUUGGAAAAAAGGAAAGAAUGUCACUUUGAAAACCAUUAAGAAGAAGCAGAAACACAAGGGAUGUGGGACAGUUCGUACUGUGACUAAAACCGUCUCCAAUGACUCUUUCUUUAUUUUUUUUGCUCCUCUUGAAGUUUCUGAGAGUGGAGAUCUGGAUGAUGCUGCUGAAGACUUUGAGAUUGGCCACUUUCUACGUGAGCGUAUAAUCCCAAGAUCAGUGUUAUACUUUACUGGAGAAGCUAUUGAAGAUGAUGAUGAUGAUUAUGAUGAAGAAGGUGAAGAAGCAGAUGAGGAAGGGGAGGAAGAACGAGACGAGGAAAAUGAUUCAGACUAUGACCCCAAGAAGGAACAAAAUCCAGCAGAGUGCAAGCAGCAGUGAAGCAGGAUGUGUGUAUCCUUGAAGAUAACCUGCACUGUAAUAGCCUAAACACAACUAUUAUUUACUUACAGCCUUAUGUUUUGUAUUUUCUUGGUAGAUUUGGUAACUUUUUUUUUUUAAGGAAAGGAACUAAUAUUUUUAAAGACCAAUUUGUUCUACCUAGCCUUUUAACUAUAAUUUUUCUGCCAGAUAUGUUGAAUGCACACUCUCUCAAGCAUGCUCAUUAAUUACUUACAUAGUUUGGUUUCUGUGGAGUGUUUUUGUCAUGUAACCAUUAAAGUACAGCUAUGAAAUUUAA